AUGCCCCAAAUGGCAGACCGAAGACCCGCCCUCACACUCCCGCUCCCAGACCGGGAGCAAAGUGACUUUCAACGACCUCAGUCUUCUCUCCAAACCCCACCAAUACGCAGUCCCCGAUUUCGUGAAGACUUCGACGCACCAUUCUCAGUGGAUAUUAUGAAUGCUUCGAGAACAACCCUUGCAACUGAUACCAUGAGUUAUCCCUCAAUUGGUACCAACAGUCGCAACAGUUUCGGAUACGACGAAACCCCACCCCAAUAUCUCCGGAAUGCAUCUUGGGAAUCAGAGACCAAGCGUCGUUCAAAGGUCAAUGAUCGUAUUCUGGAAUGGGCCAAGAAGUCGUGGGGCGCUGUCCGAACUCGCUCCGACUCCAAGUUUGACUACUUCGACAGCCAUUCGGCACAAAGUCCAACCAGCGAUAUGAUGUCGCCUUCAUCAGAAAACAUUACCCCAUCAGAGCCUGAUGGUUCUCAAGCAGCCAACGAUUACACUCGAGCUGUUGUUACUGUCACGGGAAUGACCAGCUCAAAGGCAGAAUCGAAGUGA